AUGCACACGCAAAAUGAAUCCGAUGGUCAUCUUGUACGUUCAGGUACAAUUAUACGUGAAAGUGUACGAUGUUUACCAAAAGGACAUUUUCAACAAAUUCGACAAAUGUUUGAUAAACAAUCAUGUUCAAAAAAACCUCUAUCAACAAUUUAUGAACGACAUCAAUCAAAACAACAACAACAACAACAAUCUUCUUCGUCCUAUAAUGUACUUAAAUUACCUGUAACUGAUGAUGAAAAAUUACAACAUACAACAAAUAUUGAUGAUAUUAUUAUUGAAAACGAUAAAUCAUUUGAAGAAAAUUAUCUAUCCGAUUAUCCAUUAUUUCAUUCUGAAUUUGUAAAUAAAUCAUUUCAACAUUCUUUAUCUAAACCAAUUGAAAAUCAUUUAUCUACAGACACACAUUCAUCUACAACAUCACUACCACAACAAUUUCUAUUUCCCAUCGAUUCCGAAAAGUCUGUAUUGACGUCGAAACAACGUCGUCAAUUAGCAAUGGCUGCCGCUGUUAAUUAUCCUGAUAGUUUUGAAUCUUCGCCAAGGCCAAAUCAAUUCAAUCGUAUAGGUAGUACACGUCAAUAUGUUUCAAGUUUACAACGUACAUUAGCUGUUCAUGCUAAACCAGUUCUUGUUAAAACGACAUUUAAUCCAAUAAAACAAACCCCGUCGAUAAUAUACGAUUCUACGAAUGAAUUAUUUCCAUCAUCAAAACGUCUUCAAUCAUCAGCAUCUCUAUCGUCAACUGGUUAUGAUUCUAAUUCUUCACCUUCAAUGCUAUCAAAACGACAUUCUCUAAUAACAAGUCAUAGUAAUGAUCUUUCAACAUCAAGUGAUGAACGACAACGAUUAAAUCCUUGGAUAUUAUAUGAAUCUGAAUUAGGUACUCCGAUAACUAUAGCUAAUUCAUAUUCAAGUGAUGAUGUUUUUGAUAGUCCUUCAUCAAUAAGUCGUUCACGUGUUAAAAUAAAUCAUUCACCUACAUCAACUUUUGAACGUCGUCCAGUAUCUGUUAUUCGUCAUACAUCAAUUCGUAAUCCACCUGUACUUAAUUCACCAUCAAUAUCAUCAACUUCAUCGACAUCAUCUACAAAAUUUAUUGUUCAAACGACUUCAUUUCCUGAUAGUAAUAAUUCAACUAAUGAAAAACUUCAAUUGAAUGAUGAUAGUGCAGAAAAAUGUUUAUCUUUAAGAAGAAAACAUACAUUACGUUCAACAAGUUCAACAGGUUUUCAAAUUCAACAAGGAGGAUCAUCUACUCCUAGUCCAGUUGUUGUUAAAAAACAAACGAAUGAAAGAGAAGAUAGUCCAUUACCCAUUGUUGAAAAUCCAUUAUUUCAACAACAUUCACCACCAAGAAAACCACCAAGAACAUUUCAACAUGAAAAUCGUUAUGAUUAUUUAUCACAAACAAUUGAUCAGAAAGUACCAUCAUCUUCAUCAUCAAGUAGUGAUUCACCUACAUUUGAUCUAGGUGCUCGUUCAGCUAGUUGUAUGGAUUUAACUGUAGGUGUUUCAAAUGCUUUACUAUCAAGUGGUCUUUUACCAUUAAAUAAAUCAAUAGAUAAUACAAAUAAUUUUAUACCACAUGAAAAUAUUUAUGAAGAAUUAAAAACACCUGUAUCAACAUUUAAUAAACAAGAUGGUCAACAAUUUUUAUAUAAUAAUAGUAAAAAAUCACAAACAAUGAAACCAGUACAAAGUGAUUUAGGUAUUCGUACAUCAAUAACAAAACCAAAACAAAAUCAUCCAUUUACAAAUAUAAAAUCUGCAAUGAAGAAAGGUAUUAGUGAACCAAAUCUUGCUAAAACAAAAUCAUCAUCAUUUUUUUCACCACGUGGACUUAUUAAUCGUUUUAAACGUAUUCUUCCAUUAUCUUUAUCAAAACAAUCAUUAAAUGAUAGUAAUGUAAUGACAAUCGAUAGUGAUGAUUCAGCUAGUACAACAUCAGAAAAUAAUGAUGAUAUUCGAAUAUCAAGACUUGAUCAUGUUAGUCGCGUGAAAAAUGUAUAUGAUAGUUUAGGUACCGGUAGUCAUAUGACAAGUCUCUUUACUGAGCCAAGUCAUUCAACAGCGUCACGUGAAUUAAAAACUCUAUAUGAUUAUGUUGUACAUAUUUUACCUGAACAAGAACUAGGUUAUUUUGCAAAUGGAAAUGGUUGUCUUUCAUUAUCGAAUUUAAAUAUAAAUCAUCAAAUUCAUACAUCAACAUCUAUUCGUUUUCAAUAUCCAUUAGAUGCAAAUACUGAAUUAUCAUUAAAAUAUUUCUGUUUUCCAGAUCAACAUGAUUCAAAUAAUAAUCAUAAUACAUUUCUAUCAUCAAAAACAUCGAAACCAGAAUAUUUUCGUUUUACAUUAACAGAUAUGCGUGGAGUACGACAACAUGGCUAUUGUUCACGUUUUACUCAUAAAGGUAUAUUGAAUGCAUUAUGUAUUGUAUCACCAUGUGAUAUGUUGGAUUUAUAUGAAAAAAUAUUAUCAACAGCAACCGAAUUAUUUCUUUCAUAUAAAGAAGAAGAUGCAAAAAGAUUUUUAAAAGAAAUUUAUCCACAUCGUUUACCAAAUCGUGGUGAUACAAUACAUAUACAUACAACAACAGUUGGAUUAUAUACACUUAAAUGUGAUUAUGAUCGACGAAAACAAUUAAUUGAUUCAAUUAAUUUACUUAGUUUAUCAACAGAUACAAUUAUCAAAAUUUUCUCUUCAAUUUUAUACGAACAAAAACUAAUUUUUAUUGCUAAUGAACUUGGUCCGUUAACACGUUUAAUAAAUACAUUUAUUUGUCUUCUCUAUCCAUUUUCAUGGCCACAUACUUAUGUUCCUAUAUUACCAGCAUUAAUGCUUGAUAUUCUUCAAGCACCAACACCAUAUAUAAUUGGUAUUUUACGUUCAUGUGAACAUUAUUUAUGUGACAAUGAUGAAUUUUUAUCUCAAGAUAAUUCUGAUAUACUUAUCGUUGAUAUUGAUCAUGAUCAUAUUUAUUCAAUAAAUGAUUAUUUAUCAAAUGACUCAUCUCGUGGAUCGAUUGAUAAUCUAAAUAAUAAAACCCAUUCAAAAUUUCAAAUUCUUCCAAAAAUUUUUAAAAUUGAACUUAAACAAGAAAUAUCAUUUUUACGAAAACAUAAACAAAAUCUUUCACUGGAUGAAUGUCAACAACGUUUACGAAAUAUUUUUAUGUCUAUAUUUAUUCAAUCAUGUUAUAAUUAUAAAGAUUAUUUAAAUCACAUAUUCGAUAUUGAACAUUUUAUUCAAUCGAAACAACAUACAAUUGAAUUAUUUUUAGAAUGGUUUACUCGUACACAAAUCUUUGAAUUAUUUAUUCGACAAAAACUUGAAACAGAUCAUUCAAAUCAAUUUGCAAUAACAUUUGAUUUAGCUUGUGAAAAAUAUCGCCGAACAUUAAAAAAACAAAUACCAGAACGUAUUACAGUUAAAUCAGUUAAACGAAAAGCAGCUAUAAGAGCAAAUAAACAAGAUCAUCGAUUAUGA